GGCGGCAGCACAAACACUUAUUGGUCGUCUGUGUUUGGGCCGGAAGUGAGGCUGCCGAAUCCAGGCGCGAUGGAGGCGGUGGUGUUCAUUGUGUCGCUCGCGGACUGCUGCGCUCUCAUCUUCCUGUCGGUCUACUUCAUCAUCACUUUGUCUGACCUAGAAUGUGACUACAUCAAUGCACGGGCCUGCUGCUCCAAGCUCAACAAAUGGAUCAUUCCAGAGAUGGUUGCGCAGUGUCUCUCCACCAUGCUCAUGAUGGUCUCCAUGCAUUGGUUCAUCUUUCUGCUCAACCUGCCUGUAGCGGCCUGGAACAUCUACAGGUAUACCAAGGUCCCUAUGGGAAACAUGGGAGUGUUUGACCCGACAGAGAUCCACAACCGAGGCCUGCUCAAGUCCCACAUGAAAGAAGCCAUGAUUAAAUUGGGUUACCACCUACUCUGCUUCUUCAUUUAUUUGUACAGCAUGAUUCUGGCUCUGAUUAAUGACUGAUCGAGCCAAUUGGCCUCUUCGAUCUAUGAAACGUCUGAGCACAGGUUUAUCAUCAUGCUGACACUGUCAGAGACGGUCUCCACUCUGGCACAUCAACACCACUAUCUUGAAGCUCCUGCACAAACUGCAGUCUUACUUUGAGGAUGGCAUCCUCCCAGCAGCUGAACAGAACAUUUUGAGAGUGUCAACCUUCAAAGAUCACCAGAGCUCAGUAGUUUCAGUCCCACAGGCUGGCCCUGUUUUUGCUGACCUGUUAGCAGACUUCUGGUUUAGUCAUAUUGAUGUUUUUAUAAAGAGACAAACUGAUUCUGACUCACUCGUCAAUCCAAAAGAUCCAUUAACUCGCUAAAGGAUCCAGACUCUAGCACAGGUCGUGCUCCGACCAUUCCCAGGUGUCACUAUAAAAUCCUUUCUUUCUCACUCACAUACAUAUUUGUCCCAUAAUCUUUUGCCAGUUGUACAAAGUAAUGAUAAAAACUGGAGGUUUAUUUGGGAGAACACCUGGACACAAGUUUGUUUUAAAUGGUUCUUACUGUGCCAGCAAGGUUUCAGCUGAAUGGGAACUCUUAUGACAAACCUUCCAGAAAAUUCUGUGGAUUUCUGCAGACCAUUAAAAGCUUUCUCAACAUCAAGGUGGGUAGAAAGGAACCACUCCUCUGCAGUGUUGAAGUUUUGAAGACGUCGGGCUUCAGUGCGUGGGUUCUGAGGAAUCGGUUGUAGUCCUUGUUCUGUUGACGGUCCAUUUGAUGUGAUGAUGUGAAGCCAGAGAUUUCGUGGUGACCCUUGCUGUUCUCAGACAACCUGGAAUAGAGACUUUCUGCAUAGACCAAAUCUUUCACCUUUUACUGUUUUAGUUUUACCUGUAACAAAAUGGUGAUGUGUCCCUCCUACUCAGUGAUGUGCGCAACAGUGUUUGCUGCCCCGCUGGUCUCUUCAGACCAAUGACGAUCAGAGUCAGUGACUUCUACAGGGUGUGCCUGCCAUGUGACACUGUUAUUGGUUUGUAGGUGACUGUCAGUGCAGUGUGGAAUGACUGUGAGGACGUUUCAUUAAUAAAAUGGGGCAAAGUCA